AUGCUCGGACCCAGUGACCACGCCCAGAGUAUUGGAUGGGGUGAAGCCGAGCAAAAGAUUUUGGGAAUGCGGUGGCAGCCAGCCACGGACGACUUCAAGUUUCGAGUGAAGUACCACAAAGUUGCCCCCAUCGUAUCCGAUGGGAAGAGAAUUGCCACAAAAAGGGAAUUCUUGAGUAUGGUCAUGUCACCGUUUGACCCCUUGGGAUUUCUGUGUUGCUUAAUGGUAACAGCGAAGCUGUUGUUGCGAGAAGUCUGGAGAAAGAGGAUCUUGUGGGACGAGCCACUACCGGAUGAGAUGUACAACGCCUUUAUGGAUUGGCGUAAGGAAAUGAAUAAAGUGGAAAACUUUCGGAGCCCACGUCACUAUUUUGGAUCUGGACUGGUGAAGACGAUCGAGAUGCACGUUUUUGUGGAUGCGAGCCAGUCGGCAUUCGCGGCAGUGGUCUACUGGAGAAUCACGUAUGAAGACGGCGACGUGCAAUCAGGCAGGACCAUAGUGACAGUGCUGCGUUGGAUUGGCAGCACCCACAGGCGCUACAAACAGUUCGUGGGGAACAGAGUAGCCGAGAUUCUGGAGUCAACGAAGGUGGCCCAAUGGAGAUGGCUACCGUCCGCCGACAACGUGGCGGAUGAUGCGACAGAAGAUGAAGAGGAAAUGCCGAGUGAGUUUGUGCUCGUUGGCACGAGGGACACGUUUAUAUCCUUGCAGAGAUUCUCAAGCUACAGGCGAUUGUUGAGGACUACGGCCUGGGUCCUAAGGUUCACACGUCGAUGCCGUGGACAACAAGACGAGCUUGAGAACUGCGGCCUCACUGCAGUUGAGUGUGAAGCAGCUGAGAACUUGUUAGUCCGUAUAGCACAACGUGAGGCGUUCCCCGACGAGAUGCAGGCCGCAGAGAAUGGCCUGGAUGCCGCUAAAGGAAGCGAAAUAUGUGGACUGGCGCCAUACCUAGAUGGCAAUGGAGUCCUGCGAGCGUAUGGCAGGAUUGAUGCGGCGCUAUGUUUGCCGUACAGUACGUCUCCCACCGACACGGUCUCACGGAGAUGA